CUAACUCCGAGUUCACACCCUGUCUCUCUCAAAUCAAAACCCACCAUAUAUCUCCCUUUCGACGCUGAAAUUUCUUCAUAACGUUCAUAUUUCACCACUCCUUCAUUUUCACAAAACUCAAAAUACCCAAAACCACACAGAGAGAGCUCUUCAUCUAUCCAUUUGACAGAGCCAAAGCACAGCAAGAAGAUGAAGGAAGGGCUCGUGGAACCUGCCUUCGUAUUCGAGGAAGAAACCUACCUCACCGUUUCCAAAACCUCCCUCUUCUUCGCCGGCGACGGCUUCUCCGUCUACGAUCGCAACGCUCAACUCGUCUUCCGAGUCGACUCGUACGGCCCCGACCCCCACGACAGGACCGAGCUCGUCCUCAUGGACGCCACCGGCCGCUGCCUUCUCACCGUCCGUCGAAAGAGGCCGAGUCUGCAUCACCGGUGGGAAGGGUAUGUCGGGGAGAGGAUGGAGGGCCAGAAGCCAAUCUUCAGCGUCCGCCGCUCGUCCAUAAUCGGACGGUCGAGCGUGACCGUGGAAGUCUUCCGGGAGUCACCGGAGGAGUACCAGAUCGAAGGGUCGUUCGCGCAGCGCUGCUGCACGAUCUUCAACGCUGAGAAGGAACCGGUUGCUGAGAUCCGACGCAAAGUGGAUGCUUCCACCCAAGUGGUGCUUGGGAAGGACGUCUUCUCUCUCGCACUCAGGCCUGGAUUCGAUGCAGCUUUUUCCAUGGGACUGGUGCUCGUGCUUGACCAGAUCAACGGCGAUGGGUUUGUGGAGGAGGAGGUGGAGAUGGACCUGACCGCAGAGGAAUAGUGUGAGUUGGAUUGGGUGGACUGAAACGUACAGCUGAAUAUUUGGAGUGUUUAGCGGGGAGGGAACCUCUUGUCUUGGUUGUAGAUCUUUCUUUGUAUUUUUCUUGCACUUGCUAAUUAAAAACGAGAUUAUGUAAAAUUUUAUUCCUUCGUAUCUCACUCAAAAAUAAUUAAUAAUAAUUAACAACAUGAUGUUACUUUGCA